AUGUGGAAAGACAACAGUAUUGAUGAAUCUGCAAAGAAAUCUGGUAGUAGUGCUGUAUCAAGGAGUGCAAGUCGUAGGAAAAGGACAAGUUUCUCAAAGGAACACGUAGAGCUCCUGCGUGCUACCUUUGAAACAGACCCUUACCCAGGAAUCAGCCUCAGAGAGAGUCUCUCCCAAACUACAGGACUGCCUGAGUCUCGCAUACAGGUAUGGUUCCAGAAUAGGAGGGCUCGCACACUGAAAUGCAAGGGUGGUAAGAAAUCACUGUGGCAGUCUGAUGCCGCUUUGCCAACCUACAGUGCCAGGCAGAAUUCACUGGUACAGCUACACACUACUGGCAGGGAGGGCAGUGAGUCUGGUACGAUCAAUGUGCCCUCAUGCACUCCACCACCUGCAUACCCCAUUCAUAUUAAAGAGGAGAUGGAGAGGGAUGGAAUUUAUGGGUGUAACACUCCAUCUUCCAUGUCAGUUGGCGAUGACUCAGGCUAUUGCACGCCUUCAUAUGGAUAUCAUCAGGGCAGACCCAUGAAUACUCAUGGCAGUCCUUGUCUUCUAAGCCCAGAGCAUCAGAUACCCCCUAACAGUUCUGCAAGAAAUGACAGGGGGUCACCUAUGAGCUCCAUGUGGACCCCCCUUCAUUUCGAUGCCUAUGGCUGCUAUAAGAACUCCGGUCAGGGCUUUUACUACUCUCCAUCUGAGAAACAUCACAUGUCCAACAGCCUCCAGCCACUGACCCCUGUUACCCCAGACUCAGGCUGUUUGGAGGGUACUCCCCCAGCCUCCAGCUCCUUUUGUUUGGAAAACCCAGAAAUGCCAAGGAUAGAAAGUCGAGAGGAAAGGGCCGUUCAUCAUGGCCCUUUGCCUGAACUGCCAACCUUGUCACUGCAGGAGAUCCUGGGAGAGUUGCAAGGAGACUGGUGGCAAGGAGAAGGACUAAACAGCCAGUCAUCUGAGGAUAAUCGUGUCUAUUGCUGAGCUAAAUUUGGCUGUGUACAUUAUAUUUGAAAAUAUUUAUUAAAUGUAUUUAUUGACUUGCCUAAAUAAUGUAUUGUUUGGCUUAUCUAAAAAUGAGAUUUAAAAUGUUUUCUGACUCAUCAAAGGCAGUUCAAAUGGUUCAGUUGUUAAGGCAAAGAUAUGUAUUUAUUUUCAGUUUUGCUAUUUAUUCGUUGGUGUGCAAAAUAAAUAAUCA